AUGGAGUUGUACUGGUACAUAGUUGUGGUCGUGUUCAUAAUUAUCAAGAUCUUUUUCUAUGUUUGCUGGUACCGCUCCACGCAGAGGCAGCUGGCAGCCUACUUGAGAACUCCACGCAAUGCUCAGAUAGUCAUUGUGGGAGGAAGAGCAUAUCUCCAUCAGAUGUGUGAAAGACAGACCGAGGAUUUGUCAGUGGAAGAGGCCUCUUCAACUCUGCCUGCUGCUCCCUCCUUUUCCCACCUGGACAUGCCACCACCAUAUGAUUCCGUUUCUCGAGAGGACGAGCUGAAGCCGCCCCCGUAUAGUGAGUGCACCAGCAACAACAACACCAGCAGCAGCAGCAGCAGCAGCAGCAGCAGCAGCAGCAGCAGCAGUGCAGCAGUAAACAGAGAAGCAGCUGAUUGUUCAAGUAUCACUGAAGCACCUCCGCCUUAUACCCCGUCUCCUCCGAGGCACGUCCCCCCGGCCCCCGCAGAGUCUGCCAGCCAGGGCUAG